AUUAUUGUGAGUAAAUAAAAAAAUGCGAACGUGACGUCAAGCUACUGACAGAUGUAAACAAACAAUCGAUAUAUUUUGGUACAAGCACUGUAACAUUUGAUAACAUUAGUUACACGCGUAACCAUGAAGAGGGUAUUUGUUACUGUAGGAACAACGAGCUUUGAUGACCUAUUUGAACGUGUUACUUCCCCCGAAGCUGUUCAAGUGUUGAAAGCCCGCGGCUAUCAACAUUUGGUCCUGCAGGUUGGACGAAGCUCCAUCUUCCCAGAUUCAGACAGCUGUCACAAGCUCAUGUUAGAGCCUUUAAAUUCACGGAUUCCACCGCUGAAGAUGUCAAAUGUGCCGACCUGGAUAUCAGCCAUGCUGUUGUGUACAAUGUCCGAAGAAAUAAAAAAGCUAAACUACCAAACAAUUUUGCUGGUCUUUUAAUGUCGAUAAUUUAUGAUAAUUUAUAAUAAUGAAAUGCCUCUUCUUGUAUUCUCAGGGGAAGGUAGUUGUCUGGAGACCCUUGGUGCAGGCAAGCCACUGUUAGUGGUGUUCAAUGGCAAACUUAUGGACAUUCACCAGCUAGAGCUGGCCAGACCUACUGUACUUCACUGCCAGGUCAGUGUAAAUCCUCAUGUGCAACUUAAUCAUGACUCACACUUUGUCAAUCUAACAUAUUGUACAUUUCUGCUAAUGAUGUCCCAUAGUUGUCAAACUGAUUGAAAUUCAUUGGGUCAACUUAUGAAUCUCAUUUGUCUCAAAUUUCACAGCAAUCUCACUGAGACCUUGAGGACGAUGGACCUUUCGGUUCUCUCCCCCUUCUUACCUAGACAACCAAAUCAUUUUGCCAAUUUCCUGGACAAGGCCCUUGGUGUUCAAUGAUUCCAGCGCAGGGAAAUAUCUGAGGUCGACUCUGUGUUCUUUUAUGGUCUCUAGAGAUGUUUGCACUCUGAAACUCUCCUCAUCUUUGAGAUGAACUGGUGGUGGGGUUGGACAGAGGGAAGCCUGGGCCCCAUGCGCCCGGCUUCUAGGUUCUCCUAUCAGCAUGCAGAGCAAAUGCCAGAAUGCGACGUCAGUCUAUGCAAGACUUUAAGAUUAAGAGUCAGUUUAAAGGUUUGGCCAUGUUCUAUUUCAUCUAGUUGAAGACAGGCUUAUUAGGCAUUAGAUGCUGACUUUUUAAUGGUGGAAGGGGUAUGUUUUCAACUUGAAAUGAUAGGAAAGACACUCACGGAUGUAGAUACAGUGUAACUCUCAUUUCUAUGAUUUGUUAUGAACAGAACAACUUAAAAAUAUGUAUAAUUUGAUGUGCUGUUCAUAUAUAUAUAUAUUUUUUUUUACUAGGCAAGUCAGUUAAGAACAAAUUCUUAUUUUCAAUGACGGCCUAGGAACAGUGGGUUAACUACUUGUUCAGGGGCAGAACGACAGAUUUGUACCUUGUCAGCUCGGGGAUUUGAACUUUCAACCUUCCGGUUACUAGUUCAACGCUCUAACCACUAGGCUACCCUGCCGCCCCUGUUGUCUCGAUUAUACUGUUGUUGUUGUCUGAAGUGUAAUUAAGCUUCUCCUUCACUCCUUGUGACACUAGUCAGCACACUGUAAUAAGGCUGGCAUAGACGACAGUGGGGUUGCACUCUGACAUGAAAACAAACACCACAUCCUGUUCUGAUGGAGAUUAGCACAGAUGGAGAAAGCAGCCUCCAAAAUUAUAGGAUCAAAGUUGUGAAGCCAACAAGAGAAGAGAGCACUCCUGUGAUAUCACAAUUCAUAUUAUGACUUCAUAACCAUGUAUCCAAUGAUUCCAAUCCAUGGAAUGUUUCUCAAAAAGCUUCCGUGACUUUAGGCUUCUCAUUAUCGCAAGGGACUCCGGUUCCUCAUCUUCCUGUGUGAUGUUCAUCUGUAUUAAACAUGGAGGUAAGGCCAAAGUUAUAAAAUGCAUUCCGCUAGUGUCACAUUUGAUGUUUGCAGUGUUAGAAACUGUAUUUCACACAAUUUCUUUAUUCUCAUCCUAUCUCCUCACAGACAAUGAGCAGUUUCUGGCCAACACCAACUGCCCUGUGGUUCUCCUGCUGCAGUACAUGAGAGCUAAGAUGGGCCUGCCGGAGACAGAGCUGGUGGAUCUGUGUGAUGACCGUGGGGCUCUGAAGCUUCUCUUUCUGUCCCAGCAGCCUCAGGAGUGUGCCAGCCGACUACUUCCUCCCCGCUGCUCCCUCACAUUCUGCAUUGUUAAUCGAAAUCCAAAGGAUGGUGCCUAUAUUUCCAUCACCCCCUUAGUGGCCAACCCAGACCCUGCAUUUCUGGAGACUCUGCAGACUCAGACUGACAGCCUGGAGAGGGCUCGUCUCAGACAGCUCCGCUCUCAGGAGGACCGUAGAGCCACGGAGGCGCCCUCUCAGACCCAACCCACACAAACCGCUAAGGGCCGGGGCCGUGCGGUACAUAUGGACACCCCUGAUGAUGAACCCUCCAAUCGCCGGACUGGAGGCAGAAGGAGCAGGAACUGAAAGAACCUAUCAAUUUUACAAUAAUUGAUGUGCAUAUAAAUUUUGAAAUGUAAUGAAGUGGACACUGACUCUAUCUAAGUCUACGCCAGCCAAUGGUCAUUAGUGUUGAAUAAUACGGUAGAUCAAAAUAGAAAUAUGACUAUAGAUCUAAAUAGAAAUCUGUUAUACAAUUGCUACGCUCCCAUGUCUAAUACGCUUUAUGUUCUGAAAGGAAGAGAGUUUUAACAUGGUCCCUUGAAGUUAAGCGAUAGAUGAUGUCACCUUCUGCUUCUGUGAUUGGUGGGUAUGAAUACCUGUUCCUUAUCAAGCUUUACCAGUUGGGAAAAUUGGAUGGAAAUUACUGAAUUGGGAUAAAUAUAUUUAGAAAGGGUGCGAAAUCGUGACUGAAGCUCUGACAUCAGUGUUUAUUUUCCAAGAGUAAGAGUUAUGUUAUGUGUCUUUUAAUCUUGCUUUGCUCAACAGGUGUUGAGGUGUUGUUGCAAUAAUUAUGUGUCUUGCAAUAUGUUCAACAUGCACAAUUUACUUUUGAAGGCUUUAUCAGAAUUUAAUUUAUCUUGAAAUUAAUUUCCCUUGACCAGUGAGGGAUCUUAAAUUAGGGGUGGUAUGUUGGUGCUAUCUGCCAGAGGGACUGAAUGAGGGGUGUGACAGUGUGCCAUUCUCUUUUCUGAAGGUUUAUUUAGCCACCUCUGGUGGGUGGCCUGGCACUUUGAAACAGGAAGUUGUGGGUUAAAUGCCAGCAGGUGGUUCCUCCCAGUGUUUGUGGUGUACCAUCUUCUAAAUUAUGUACAAGGCCUGGGUCAGAUGGUUUUAAUAACAGAUAACUUCCCUUCCUAGAAUCACUGGAUUAUUUUCUUAAUGUAUGUCUGUGGAAGGCCUAAUAACGUUUGAGGAACAAAGGCCUUCGGGAUUUUGUGAUGAAGUUCCAUUUGAAGUUUAGUUCUCAUUUCAUUCAACUGGUUUUUACCCAAACUGAAACAGGUACUGUACUUGUUUGGUCCUUUCCAAAGUGAUUACCUCAAGAAAAGGAAGAAGGAGGCAUGUUAUAAGUAUCUGAAUAGGGCCACUGUCAGGCCAUACAGCUGUGUCUUGCAGAUGGCCUAACUUCUUGCUAAAUACUGUGAAUAAAAUAGGGAAGAAAGAGAAACAGCUGAGCUGUUCUUGUAAAAGGUUACAUUGAGAAUCUAGACAUCAUUUAGAAAGUGGAAUGCAACAUAAAAAAUACAUUUUCCAUGCCAUUAUCUAAUCCCUACCCAGAAUGCUUGCUUGUGUGAUUCUUCUCUUUGAUUGAGAAUUGAUUUACCCAUCUCUAGAACAUCUACACUGUAUAUAAAAGAACGAGCAGUAUACACUGAGUGUAAAAAAACAUAUUGAGCACCCCCUUUUGCCCUCAGAACAGCCUCAAUUCAUUACGGCAUAGACUUUACAAGAUGUUGAAAGUGUUCCACAGGGAUGCUGGCCCAUGUUGACUCCAAUGCUUCCCAUAGUUGUGUCAAGUUGGCUGGAUGUCCUUUUGGUGGUGGACCAUUCUUGAUACACACUGGAACUGUUGACUGUGAAAAACCCAGCCUCUUUGCAGUUCUUGACACACUCAAACCAGUGCGCCUGGCACCUACUACCAUACCCCAUUCAAAGGCACUAUAUAUUUUGUCUUGCUCAUUCACCAUCUGAACGCCACACAUACACAAUCCAUAUCUCAAGGCUUAAACAUCCUUAUUUAACCUGUCUCCUCCCCUUCAUCUACACAGAUUUGAAGUGGAUUUAAUAAGUGACAUGGAUUCACGUGGAUUCACCUGGUCAGUCUGUCAUGGAAGAGCAGGUGAUCUUAAUGUUUUGUACACUCAGUGUAUAUGCUAUUUCAUUUUUAUCCAGCAAAUAUCCAUUCAAUAUUUCCAUUAGCCUACCUUGCUAUAGUAAAUCAGAACAUUGUGUAUGAAAUCAUGAUUUAGCCUGCCAUGUAAUAGUUACAUCACUUCAUGAAUUUAGGAGAUGAGAUAAUGGGGUUAUUAACUAUUCCAAGAAGUUUUAAAAGUCUUUGCCCUUUGCUGCAAAACAGCUUGAUCAGGUUCCUAUCAGAUUCGUUGAGACCACAUGACAGCUUCAUGCAGCCCUUUCACAUCACAAUCAUUUAAUAUUUAGACUUGACCAAUCAUGGAAUGUUCUAACGUUUAAAAAAAUAAAUGAAAUUGCCCCUCCAGUUCAAUUGUGGAAAGGUUGCGCUUUAUUCUGAUCAUUUAGAUUAGAGUUAUCUGGUUCAGACUGGUCUUGCAUGUCUGCCAAAAUGGCUAUCACAUGAUGUUUUUGUGGACAUAACUGUGUGUUAAUCUAGUAUGUAUUCAGGAGUUAGAUUCUAGCAGCUCAGUUUUUCCCCUCUCGAGUUUCUCCAACAAUUACAACUGUUAUAUCUAGCACAUUCAAAGGAUAUUCAAACUUUUAAAAGUAAAGUCAUAUAAAAUAUGUCAUGGUAUUUACAUGUGCGAGGUGAAAUAAAUAUUUCAGGCUGGUGCAAUUUCAGUAACCAGCAGACCAUAGCUCUAAGGGGUGCGCUGACAAGGCUGACUUGUCAUUGCUCUGAGCUUGUUUUGUGUUUUUACCAGCUGUAGAAUGAGAAUGCUUGUACACCAGUCCCCUCUCCCAGUGGAACUGGGGCCACAAUGACUGUAAGCUGUCAUCAUUAAUGGGGGUGAAUAUUGGGUACUGUCUCCCUUGCCAUUCACUGGCAGUUGAUUGACUCCCUGAACAGAUGACUCAGUCCAUGGCAAUAACUCCUGAUAUUAUAUAAGGCCCUAGAUCUUAAUCAACUCCUUGUUCUAGAAAAACAGGCGGACGCUGAUGAUAUUGAUAUCGGUUCCCUUAUAGGAGAAUUAAUAUAGGCCUUAAUGUAACAGCUAAUGAACAAAUUACAGUUAAACAGAGGUCCAGUGAAAUGGGGUGGCCUCAUCCUUCCAGAACAUAAACCAAACAAAGGGCUAACUACAAUUUCUAAUGACUGUUGCAGUGACAUACCUGGAAAAUAUUCAGACCUUGGAUGUUCCCUUGGAAGUAAAUGGGUGCCUUUCACACUCACACUCCCUGUAGGUCUCUCACCUCACCUCUCUACCUCAGCCUUGUUGAUUAUGACGUAUUGCUCCUGAGGGAGGCCAAGAGUGUGAGAAGCUACUUUUGGCAAUAGAACAAAUCACAUAUAAAAUCUUUAGAUGGAAUUACAUUUACGUAAAUCAGAGUUUAUUCCUUUUAUGCACAGGAUACAGCAGGUGUAAAAGGUACAAUAAAAUGCGACAAUGACAUACUUGCAAGCUCUCCUUUCAACAUUGCAGUAACAGAAAACAAAAACUCAAUUGUAGUCUUUAUUUUGUCUCAAAGGCCCACCUUUUUCUUUAAGACUGUGGAAAUCUAAUAGGAAGAGUAUUUUAUCAACAGCAAAUGUUACAGAAGGUAGUGCAUUAGGAGGGCAUGUGUAUGUCUGACAAAUGGGUGUCUUUUGGGAAUGAAAACAUUGUACAUUUUAGCAGGACAUGAUUGAAUGAUGGCCAGAUUACUGUUUUAGGACAAAAGCACUAUUCAUUCAAGACCUGUGUGUGGACUGAGUUAGUCCAAGCUGAAAGCAACAGGGGGGCAGAAGGUCAAUAAAAUAAUAAUUAAAUCAGAACGCAAUAGUCAUUAGUUGAUAUCACAUGUUUGGGGAGAAAGAAAUGAUACUUGUUUAUUUCCAGACACCAACAGCAAGGAACAAUGGAAUGGCUGUGAUUUAACCUGGCAUUUACAGAUGGGGCUCUCCCACUUCUUGGCCAAGUUGAAGAGGCAUGACAUAUGCCAGAAUCUUGGUCCACUCUCUCUCAAAUGUGUUUACUUGAACACGAAAUAUACAUCGAUUUUUUUACACAACAACCACUUUAUACUAGGCCUCACAUUCAGUUAAAUGGAUUGAGGACCUUGCUGCUGUAGAAUCUUGAUCUAGUUUGACAAAGAUUGGCUCUUUUUAAGGGACUGAUAUAAUUUAUUGUCCGACCAAAUAGUAUAAUCCCAGUGAUGCUCUGAGAUAUUGGUUUUCUCCAGGUUGGAGAGCACGUUGGGCUCUGAGAUAACCGUACUAAAUACAGACAGGAAAGAGCACUCCUUGGCUUGAGUCCCGCCUGGGGCCCUGCUGACAGUGCUAUGAAAUGGUGAGAUGUUAUGUAAUAAUUUAUUAUAAGAAAUAAAUGGUUUACCCUGUCUAUUGUUUUCUCAGUCUGUUUUGUUUCUCCAGGCAUUUCCUGGGGGUUUGAAUUAUGCCAGCCAUUAUGGAGUUCUGGGCAAGAGUGAACCAUUUCAUGUUUCAGCUUCUGUACAUUGUAUACUGUAUGUUUCCUCAGAUUAAGGCUAUUCUACUGUCAGUUAGAUGGUUUGUUAUUUUUCUAUAUCGCAAAUAUAUGAAAUUGUGUAGGAGGAUAAAUAAUGAUCUUCCUGGCGCAUUUGUAUUGAGUCAGUGUGUAUGAGGCACCUUCUACAGACAAUAUGAGUCUAUAAGAUUUCCAGCCAAGCAAAAGGGGUUUGGUAUCAGAUUCCCCACAAGAGUAACAUUGUUCCCUGGUCCUUUGCCCAAAUAAAAUACCACCAAUGAACCUAUUAGAUGUUGAAGCAUCAGAAUCUUGUAGUUUUCAAGUUACUGUAUAUCAUAUUGUCACAAGUGCAAUCUCAGAUGUGUUUCAUUACUGCUUUUUAACCACUUUUGUGUUGCUCAUUGUCUGUUUCUGUGACGUGGAUUCUACGUGGAAAAUUGUUUUGAUUAAAAAAGUCAACUGUUGUUUUAAGGGUGAUAUUUCACCCACAGGAUUAUGUCAGCAUGGUAACCAAAUUUGAGACAAACCUUGUAUAAAAUAUAAAAAAUGUGUACCU